AAUGAGUAUUCAAUUAUAAUAAAUUAGGGUGAAUAGGAUCGUUUCUAGGUUGAGUUAAAAAAAAGUAAAGAAAUAAAAUCGUCGUGUGUAUUUCUAUUUCUACAUUUCCAUACAAAUUCGCUAUUUUUUUUUUCGUAAAAUUUGUAUAUUUUGCCUACAAAAUGGUAGAUAUCGGAUUCGUUUUUGUAAGGAACAUGUUUCAUUUUUUUACGGCUGUUGGAUUCCUUUCGGAUCCAUACAGCCUUACUAACAUUUAAAGUUUCUAUUCUAUAAGGUUUGAGGCUUAUUUUCUAUUUUUUUUACGUUUCUUAAUGAUUAAUUUUUGGCGAUUAUUUUAGCGCUUAAUGUUUUUUUCAGUUAACAUUAGUCUUCUAAAAUUUGACAUUUUUAAUAAAACGUUUGACAGUUCCUUUCUAAUGUUUGACGUUUUAUCUAAAAUUUUACUCAUCUUUUCUGACGUUUAGUGAUUCUUUUCUAAUGAUAGACAUAGAUUUUAUAGCAUUUAAUGAGUCUAAUGUAACAAUUUAUGUUUUUUUUUGUGAUAUUUUUCAUUUAUUUUUUUAACGUUUGACAUUAUUUUUCUAAACAUUUGUCGUUUACUGUCUACUGUAAAGUUUGACGUUGUCCUUCGUUACUUUUGAUCUCUUAUGAAUUCUUUCUAUUGCCUGACGUUUCGUUUCGUUUAACUUUUUCCUUCUCAGUUUUCAUGAUUCUUAUGCAUCCCUUGAAGUUUUUUUUUCCAAUCUUAAAGGCCUCAAAACGUUUCUUUUUUUUAUAUUUGACGUUUAUUUGCUAAAGUUUGGUUAUUUUUAAUGACAUUUGUCAUUUAUUUUAUAUUGACAUUUGUUCUUACGUUUGACGUUUCUCUUCUAACAUUUUGACAUUUUUUUUAAAUUAAUUCAUUUUUCUCACCAUGUUUGAAAAUUCUUUUUUAAUUUACAACUGAAAAGCAAUUUCUUUUGAUCACUAAGAAAAAGCCUCCCCUGCUAUAUGAAGCCAAAUCUUCCCAACGAAAAGAUCAUCAUGAAGAAGAAAUUCAUUAACCUCAUUAGCAAUUCGACCUUGCUCUUCGUCCACAUAAAAUCCAAACAAGUGAGUUAGUGUUGACUUCUGGCGAUGCCAGAAAUGCAGCAUAGCGAGACCGAUUUAUGUUGGAUGCUGCAUUGUAAACGCAGCAUGAUGGUCUCUUCCCCUGCGCAGGGGCGUUUUUAGACCAACAUUCCCCAUGUUGUGAGAGCGCGAGAAGAACGCAACAUGGAGAAGCUGUUGCGGUUGCUUUGCCAUUGGUAUGUCUUCUGCUUUAGUACACGCUCAACCAUCGUUCGUGGUGGAUGUGUUACGGAGCCAUUACGCCGGCUUAGAGGAGGAAGAAAGAAAUUUUUUCCUAUUCUACUAGAGAAGAGGGAAUUUAUUAAUCGUGUAGCACCUCAAGCAGGUGUGGAGUGAUCGACGCACUCAUUCUUCUGUGUUGAGUGGAUUUUUUUUUCGCACGCGGAGGUGGGUACAGCCCCUGAAGAAGCCAAAAGGGGGGUGUGUGUGUGACCGUUGUGGUGGAUUUUGGUUUGAAUUUUGCAGAGAGGUGUGAGACGUAAAAUCCCCAUCAAUCAGUUGGAUAUUAUGGUGAUUUAUUCAAUGGCACCCUGCACACCGCCGCUGUCACCAAAUGUAGCCCACGUAGAAAAUGUGGAUGGAUGAAAAAAAAUACCUGUGACCCCAUGAAUUAAUGCAUAAAGAAUAUUAAUUCUGGCACCUGAGAAGGACAUUCAUACAGAAUAUGUGAAUAAAAAAUCGUGUUGUGCAAAUAAGAGUAUCGUGAGCGCGAAGGGUGGCUUUUUUUUGCACGAGCCACCCCCUAUAGGAAGGAGCCUUGAGGGCUCCUGAGGAGAAAGAAAUCCAUCGAUCAUAAUUUAAUGGUUCCCAGAGACCAUGAAGAUUCUAUAAAUAAAUCUUCCAACGAUUUUUUUUCGGUGAAAUUCUCUUCCAGAAAAUAUACAAUAAACUGGGUGGAAAACCCCCAGGUGUGUGUGCGCCCACCCACCCAUUUCUGCUCAAUUUCCUCAAGUGUGUGCUAUGUGGGAUUUUCAGGCCGCUGCGGAAUGGGAAAAUUUGAAAUUGAUUGUUAAACUCACGAUGAGGUUGUUGGAGUGAAAUUUUCAAUUUUUUUUUAUUUCUUGCAGUCAAUUUCCCAGCAAAGGAAAACUUCUUAAGAACAUGGUUGUGACAAUUAAGGGUUGAUAAGGGAUAUCUGUGUCAAUGCAGCACCUCAGUGUUUUCUUGCACUUUGUUUUAGAAGGGGAAAAUGUGAAUUUGUGAAAAAACAAACAUUUUUUUGAUGGAAAAAAAAGGAAAAGUCUUCAAAAGCUCCACACAUCCGGUAAAAGCUCACAUAGAGUGAAAAAAAAAGAACCCGAAACCCUUGUGUGCGUCUUUCUGGGACAUCCGGGGUGGUGUGUGUGUGAUCCCACGGGGAUCGUAUGAGCUUGAUGUUUUUUCUGUGUCCUGUGGCUCCCAAGUGGUGGUGAUAGUGUUGAAGCACCCCAAAGGUUCUUCAACGGGGUGGUGGUGAAAAGAAGUGAAAACCAACCCCCAGAAGAACCAAAAAAAAAAGAGAUCUCAAGCAUAAUAAAAAAAGAAGCAAAAGAAGAAGGGUAGUGGGUGGUUUGAAACGUAAGAACGUGUGUGAAGGGUCUGGAAAAUUUAUUGUAUAUGUGCUAAAGGAAAAAAAAAGAGGAGCAAGAAAAAGGAAUAAGAAGUGAUGGAGCGGUCAUCUUGUGAUAUAUGGAAUUCAGUGAGAAGCAAACAGAAUGACUCUCUGUGGAUUAUUUACACCCUUUUUUGGAUAAUAUGCUCAAUUUCCCAUUGGAGUAGUUCCAGUGCCGCAACAUCCGUGUCACCCAUCGUAACCGAUGAAAAUGGACCACUUUCGGAGGUACAAACAGCUGUUGGGCUGGAAGCAUCGAUGCCAUGUGAGUUGGUACCUGCCACGACGUCGAUGAUGAUGGAUAAGGUGCAACUUGUCAUCUGGUACAAAGAAGGAAACAUCAAGCCCAUUUACACGUUCGAUGCACGGAUGAGGCCACUACAUCAGGGUAUCCACUGGGCAGAUGAGCAGGUACUAAAGUCCAAGGCUCACUUCCACUACGACACAAGUCCUCCAGCACUAAAGUUGCGGAAUGUAAAGCGCGAAGAUGCUGGCCUCUACAGAUGUCGAGUGGAUUUUCACAAGUCGCCCACAAGAAAUUCUCGCAUCAACUUAACAGUUCUGGUGCCACCGACUCACCUCACCGUCCUCGAUGAUCAGGGAGCUGCGGUUGCUGACCACACCAUUGGACCCUACCGAGAACAGGCCACAAUCAACAUCACCUGCCUAUCAAGUGGUGGCGUUCCACCUCCUCGUGUGUCAUGGUGGAAGGAACAUGCACUCCUUGAUGAUUCCUUCCAAGUUCUCCCGGAUGGAAGUGUCAAGAAUAUACUCCACUUGUCGAAUCUCAAUCGACAGGAUUUGCACAAUAUUUACACCUGCCAAGCGACAAACGGCCAUGUGGUACCUCCACUGUCGACCUAUGUGAAAUUGGAGCUCAAACUUCCACCCCUGUACGUUCGUAUACAGGGCCUAAACCAUCCCCUUGUAGCCGGUGUACGAACGCAGGUUUCAUGCAGUUCAGCCGGUGCUAGGCCCCCACCUGAGAUAAUUUGGAAUAAGGGUGGCCUCCUAAUACGGGGUGCAACACAAACUACAUCGUCGGAUGGGAACGUGACAGUUUCUGAGGUGGUAUUCCUGCCGGCGCCCGAGGAUAAUGGCAAAAUUGUGACGUGCUCCGUGACAACUGAAACGAUCACUGGUGGUGCUGGUCUAUUUCUAAAAGACUCACGUAUCUUGGAUGUAAAACAUGCCCCAAUUGUGUCGUUAUCACUUGGAGCUCCGCUGGAUCCCAACAAACUAAUGAAUGGCUCGGAUGUGUACUUGGAAUGUGACAUCAGGGCAAAUCCGCCCAUCAGGAAAAUCGAAUGGUUUCACAACGACAAGCAGCUCUAUUCCUCGCGUGGCGUCAUAAUCUCCAACCAAACAUUGGUACUUCAGGCCAUCUCCAAGGCAUCCCAUGGGCAGUAUAUGUGCCGCUCUGAGAAUGCCCAGGGUACCGUGAGCAGUAACGACGUAUACUUGGAUGUGAAGUAUCCACCCAUUUGUAAGGCGGACUCAACAGUCAUUAGGGCAGCUCUGAAGCAGACAAUCAAUAUUCUGUGUGAUAUCGACUCAAAUCCACUGCAAAAUUUGACGUACAAGUGGUACUUCAACAACACACUCGACUCAUCCACUGAGCUACCUCUGCCAGUUGGGAAUUCCGCUGAAUCCAUUGAGGACCAUCGAGGGGAUCGGCAUGGCCCAAAUUCCGUUGGGACGCACCAGAAGCUGAUGGAGCACCGUCGGCAUCAACGCUUCCAGACAACAGCAGCAUCGGGACGGGGACGCAUGGUGAAAUCCUACCACAGUAGACCCACCCUGGGACGCACCUACCCCUUUCGCAUUGAGUCCUUUGCCAACUUCGGCACAGUCACGUGCAGUGCUGAAAAUAUCUAUGGACACAGUGGACCCUGCGCUUAUCACAUACUUGCAGCUGAACUCCCGGAUCCGGUAAAAAAUUGCACGGCAUUCAAUGCGACCGCCAAUUCGGUGCAAGUGUCGUGCCUGCCAGGUAGGGAUGGUGGAAUUCCGCAGCAAUUUCACGUGGAAAUUAUUGAUAAAUCAACAAACACCGUACUGUACAACACUUCAUACCGACACCCGGACUUUACCCUCAAGCGACUACCCAGUGAGAGUGACCUCAUUAUAAAGGUGUUGGCAUUCAAUCUCCAAGGAUCAAGUAAUUGGUAUCGUUUGCACGCAAAAACACUUCCGGCGCCACUUCUCAGAACAGCGUCAUCGACUGCAGUGUUUGUGAAACUGACACCACUCCUUGGUGCCCUAAUGGGUGUCGCCGGGACGCUCAUCCUUGUGGUCGGAAGCAUUGUCGUUUGCAUAAAGAUGCGACGUGGAAAACAGCAAAAACGGGACCAUCGAACGACGGAUGCCAAUACAGGUGAUGUGGACAAGGAUAAGGGGAGUGCAGAGCCACUGAGUCGCAACAUGGGAAGCCAUUCGAGUAUUGACGACAAGAAUCCCGAUGUGGUGCCCCAGGAGAACAGUGAGGAUGAAUUUUUGUCCGAAGAAAAAGCCUUUGAGCGUCUCAAUUCGGAUCGAAUUCUCUACAGCUCACGCCUAAACUCCUCGUCACCGCCACCCCUGUCGCCGGCGAGCUUCCCAAAGAAUUUUGGCGAAUUAUCGCUGACGACAAAUCCCUCCUUCACGCUCUACAGCUCCCCCCAGCGACGGCCGCUCUACUCAUCGCCGCCGCUCACAAUUCUCGCGCGAUCCCCACCAAAUGUGUACAGUCGCAACCCCACGCGCUAUGGGAUCUACGACAGCCCCACAACGGUGCAGGCGAGUGGGAGCUUUGGGGGUUCAACGGUGCCACUGCUCAACAAUGGCGGCGGUGCGGCGUCCUUCACCUCCAGCACGGCGUUAGGAAGUAAUCUCGAGGACACGGCAAUUUCCUGAGACAAGGGGGGCUCGUCGUGCCAUCUCAUUUGCAUCGGCGAGCGCCCCGAACGUACCACAGUGGUCUAAAUUUCAAAACAAAGCCACGCACAACCCCAACUUUCGCGCGUUUUCACAACCAAGCCAAUAUGGCUGAAGAGUCACCCCCCACCACCACACAACUCAAGACUCCUCAGUCAUGGAUCAUCACAUUUACUUGCAGAGAAGCCUAAAUUGGUCAACAUAAAGCAGUUAAAAGUCCUAACUUCUAGCAUGUUCACCAACUUGGGGCUCCUCUGUAAUUGUUAGAUAGAUUAAAUAAAGAAAAAAUAUCUCUAUUAUAAUUUGAGAACAGAUUUUUAUUGGAAACUCGAGGAACGAAUUUACUAUAUAAAUACUGUUGUAGUUUAGAUUUAUAUAUAAAUCUGUUGGAGGCCAAUUCGCGGCAUAAACAGAGUUGAGAAGACUCUCGUGAAGUUCUAGAUAAAAGAUUUUCGAUGAGAUUUUGUUUGAGAUUUUGUUGAGAAAUUUACGUAGAGGUCGCUACUUGACGGUUUUCUUUUUCCUGACUCGAUUUUCGCUAGAGAAAAAGUUAUAGGAAUAGAAAAUAAUCUUUCGGCUAGAAUGAACUUUUAACAUGACAGGGAGAUCCCUUUUACAUAAACUCCUUCAGCCAACAUAACCUCACUUUAUUGUUAAACAAUUUUAAAAGAAACUGGCAAUGUGUACGGAAAUAAACUUUAAAAAAAAAGCAUGGAAACGACCAACAGCAUAAAAAGCGGGAUUUUCUGUUUAAUUCCUUACAACCAAUCCAAACAAACGUUUCUCUUUAAAAAAAAAAAAAAGUAAGUGAGGUUAUGUCAAAAUGAGGAUUUUAUGCGAGAUAAAUGUCAAAGAAACGCACCCAACGCACCUCAAGCCAAAAAAAAAUACAAGAUUUCCUAGUCAGCUCAGAGCUCUAUUAAACUGUUUUAAGGAGCAAAAAUUGCUUCCAAAUACAGAGAAAGGUACCAAAAAUUUGCCUGAAAAUAAGUUUUCUUCUCAAUUUUACUUUUUUUUUAUUUACUUUAUUUUUUUUUAUAUAAAUCUCAUUGCGAAAUGUUUUAUAUUUCCUCAGGUAUCCUAUACAAUUGGAAACCAUAUUAUAAAAUUUUUAUUCUAAUAAAACUUUCCCUUUUGGACCUUUAAUCAACUGUGUGGAUGUCCAAAUGACGUCCAGCCCGAAAAACAUAAGAAAAUAUGAUGAAAUCUUUAAAUUUCAAUUCUCUGACGAAAAGAGAGAGAAAAGUUUCUUUCAAUUGGAAGUUAUUUUUAUAUAAAAACUUGCAUGAAAAAUUGUUUCAAAAUAAUUUGCUAAGAAAUUAAACUUUAUUUUCUCUGCGGAAGGCCGAAAGCUUUGGAAAAUUACGGAUUUUCUUUAAAAAAAAUGUACUAAAGGCCUGAAAAGUUAUUAACUUAAUCUAACAUAAAUCACUCCAAACACUCCAAACGGCCUAAUAGAAACAUUUAUUUCCCAUAUUUAAAAAAAAACUUAUCGAAAAUCUAUCAAAAAAAAUCACGUGGAGUGUUCAACUCUGUUUGCAACAAAAGAAAUGCCAUUUAUGAUGAAAACUCUGAGUGAAAGAGAGGAGAAUUAAAGUCAAUGUUAUCUCAUGUGGAAUUGUAAAAAAAAAAACGUAAAAAAUGUCAUAUUUGUUCAUAUAAAACUCUUUGAGGAUUUAUCCUUGCCUAAUUGAAUUUUCAAAGAAAUAAAAAAAUAAAAGAGAAAAACGAGAUGAAAACGAAACAAGGAUGGUUAUAAAGGACACAAAAUUAUUGCAUUUUAUGGGAAAAAAAGGAUGAGGAGAAAAUGUGAAUGAGUGUAUGUAUAGAAGAAAGCGAAAGAUGCAGAAUUAUGUAAAUAUUUAUAUAAAAUAUAGGAGAAAACUUGCGGAAGGAAGGAAGGCACUGUAAGAAGGAGAAAAUGCACGGCAAUACCAAGAACUCGGCUAUAAAGAAUUUUUUUUCACUUCAAUUCAAUUAAAAUACAAUCCAUUUGACGAAGUAUUUUUGCCUCCCGUGGCAAAAGAGAAGCCUUUUGAGAGACUUUCCCGGGUAAUGCGGAAUUUUCCUGCUUAAAAUGAAUUCAAUUGAGAGAGAAUUUAAUUUGAAAUUUAAUACUCGAAUGGAAUUUAUUGAAUAAUUUGCUGCGUUCGCAUUGCAGUUAAAUAGCUUCCCAACAAGCUUUUACCUCUGUAAAAUGCUUAUUUAGACUUCCAUUGAAGUUGAAUAGGAUGCAGAAAUUUAUUCAGUUUAUUUUUGCUUUGCCUGUCUUUCAGAGAAAAUUAUCAAAGGAAAUUUCUUUUCUAUGGUGGUUGAAUAGACUGAAAAUUUUAAAUUAAAGUUUUUUUUUGUAAACUCUUUCCAAUAUUAUUUAUUGGUGAAAUAAUUAUUGGUCGGGAAUAAUAUACUGUAAGGAACACCGGGGUCAGUUGAUACACUUAUUGAAAUUUACCACGAUUUAUUUAAGAAAUUUUUAAAAUUUUCACAAAGUUUAGCUUGAAAGUUGUCUAGAAAAGUCAAUUCUCAACUAGAAUUCUUAAAAUCCUUCCCUAAAUAUUCUAAAAUUCUUCCUUUAACCGAAUUUAUAUGAAUUUAUGUUACAUUAAAAAUUCGAAUGCAUUUUUUGCACUCAAAGAUUCAAAACAGACGGGCGGGAUAUUUUAUUGACAACAGUAGAGCAUUUUUUGACAUAUUUGAUGUAUUUUUCGUGCUGACAUAACCCCACUUUUUUAUUUUAUUUGCAAUAAAAGUAAGAUUUUUUGGGAAAUUCACAAAGAAAAACCUUAAGAGGGAUGUCCGUGAAGCGAUAAAGUAAUUUUCCAACCGAAAAUCGACAGGAAAUAUUUUAUUGUCAGAAAAGUGACUUUGAGGUUAUGUUACCAGGAAAAACUAUUUAAAAAAAAAAAUAUAUUGAUUCAUUUGACCCCAUUGAUUUUCUUUGUUGUAUUUUAAUAAAAGUUAGAAAUCAAUUACUUUUGUGACUGUUUUUCAACAAGAUUUUUUUUUAAGUGUUACUUUAAAAUAAUAAAAAAAAACUAAAGAUUUAAAACAAAUCAUAAAUAAAUUACGAAAUUUUACUUUAAAAUUCAGUAAAUUAGCCACAGACUUCUUUCACUCUUAUUAGACUAUUUUGUCAAAAUCAUGUACUUAGGGAUGGCUUAAUUUACUGCAAAUUUCACCAUUCAAAUUCACCACCUUGAACUUCCCCCUCGGAUGCGCGCCAAAUUCAAACUAAUAUUUUUUAACAGUUUCCGGAACUCUUUCUGGAUACCUUGGAAGAUUUUUGACUAUGCUCCUGUGGCUCAAUGAUUUUGAAAACUCAAUUUAAAUUAAUAUUUUACAAAGAAAAUAAAAAUUAAUUAAUUUAUUAAAAUAAUAAUCUUCUAAUUCAGAAUUGACUUAAAAUCAUUUAGAAGAGUUCUUAAGCUUCUAAAAGAGUUUAAAAUGUUUAAUUACAUUUUCUGGGUGUCCAACCUUACCACAUCUUCCCCUAUUAGCCAUUAUUCUUGGUGUUGCCUCCCAGUAUGACUACUGUACAAUAUAAUUUCCUUUUUCAUAUUUCUUCCUGUUAUUUAAUAACUAAUGAAUACUUUGUUGCAUUAUUUAUUCGUCCCUGUGUUGUGUUCCCUUUUAUCCCAGCAUAAAAUUAAAAUAGAGCGUGUCUUUUACUAACUUUUUCUUCAAAGAAACUUUUUUUAAUCCAUUACCGGGAGAGAGGGUGGAUGAAGAAGUAAAGAAGAAGAAAAAACUUACAUACAGUGCCAUUUAAAAUUCACAAAACUUUAUUAAACUUUUAAGUUUUUAAAUAAUAAAAAUGAAUGAAAAAUGUUUUCUACUUGGUAUUUGUUUACUUAACAAAAAAAAUAUAUCAAUGCAUUGUGGAGGAGAUAAAAAUAAAUCAUGAGACAAAGUGGAAAAAAAUAUAAA